AUGCAGCAGGGAGGAGGGCGGUCUAUUUCUGACGACGCGUUGUUUUACGAAAGCGAUCCUCGUUGGGAUCCAAGGGCUGGGAUGGGCAUGGAACACGAAGAUUCGGCGUAUGGGGAGGGUUACGGUUACGAAGACGACCACUACACUGGGCGCGGCGGCGCCGUCCUGCCAGCGGGGCAAGAAGAUGCGGACGAGCUGCUCGUGCGGCGUGCCCUGGAGCGCGUGCGCAACGCUCGCUCGCGCGGCCAGCAAAACGUCAGCCUCACGACGGACGAAAUCGAGGCGCUGACGCGCCCGCGACUACAACAACAGUCGGACAGCCUACUAGCGCGGGCCUUUCCGCCCGCCCGCACCGGCAGCAGCAGCAGCAGCAGCGCGCGCACCAAGAAAAACAGCCGCACCACCAAGACACGCAGCCCGCACAGCUCCAACUCGGACGCCUCGCCCGCCCCGCCGGGCUUCCUCCUUCCAGGCACGGGCAGCUACGCCCCGCUAGGGUACUCUUCGUCGCCGUCGCGGCCGGGCUCGGGCUCCCGCUCCGCCAGCACCUCCAUCAGCAGCAGCCGCGCCGAGCACGACUACGACAUGCCGGGCGCCUUCUCGCGGCACUCGAGCCUCAGCGCGGCCGACUCAGCCGAGCUGCUGACACCCGCAGACGUCUUCGCGUACCAGGUCGGCGGCGCGCAACACCGCCGCGGCGGCUCGGGGCCCCGUGGUGACGCCGACGUCGCCUACGCUGCCGUGCCGCGCCGCGUGCCCGUGCCGGCGUCUAGCAGCGGCUCUGCGGCUGCGGCGGUGCGCCCUCCAACAACGGGCAGCGGGAGUGGCUACUCUGAUCCAGUGCUCCGGCACGCGUCACCCCGCUACCGCUUCGACCGCGACCGCGACCGCGAGCUAGAAGUCGAGGUCGAGUACGAGUGGGGCAGCGACAGCGGCGGCGACAGCGAGGGCUUCGCCUACGGCUCUGGGUCUGGCACUGGUUCCGGUGCGCGGGCGCGACAGGGCGGCGGCGGUGGUGUGCGCGUGGGCAGCGCGGCGUGGACGGGGGGUGUGGCGGGGCGGAUUAGGGAGUUGGAAGGUGCGGGGGCGGAUGACGAGGUCGUGGUUGUUACUGCUGGUGGGAGUGGGAGUAGGGAUAGGAGUGGGGGGAAAAGCGCCAAGGGGAAGCAUCAGCACCAUCAUCAUCGGCGGCGGAGGAAGUGA